GCACAAAAUCAAAGACAAACAUGAGAGAGACGAUUGCUAGAACCUAAUCGGGGAAAUGGAGAUAUCUGCAACUCUCGCGGUACCUUCGGUUCCCAGAACUUCUCCAGUCCUAUCAUUCGCUUCAUGCAACUCUGUCUUCUUCAGCAAUGGUAGAGCCGAUAUCUUGAAGAAGAAGAAGAAGAAUACGACCAGUUGCCUGGUCUUGAGCAGAAGCAGAGCUCGAAGGGGUCUCAACUGCACAUGCUUGUUUGGUCUUGGCGUGCCGGAGCUGGCUGUAAUCGCCGGAGUUGCAGCUUUAGUUUUCGGACCGAAGAAGUUGCCCGAGGUCGGGCGGAGUAUCGGGAAAACAGUGAAGAGCUUUCAACAGGCAGCCAAGGAGUUUGAGUCAGAGUUGAAAAAGGAACCUGGAUCUACAAUGGACUCUGCCAUAGAGAAACCUACAGCUUCUGCAGUGGGUGAGGAUGAGAAAAAAGAUGUAAAGGUCUCAAACACAACUGAGAGUUCUUGAGAUUGGGUGAUGUGUAACUUAGUGAGCACUCCAUUUGACUACUUGGCAUUUGUUCAUGCUUUAGUUUUCCAUCUGUAGUAGAAUGGUUUCUGUUUCUCAUGUACAUCGGCUAUAUUUAUUGUAAUGAGAGGUUUUGGUCACUUG